CACAUUUUGAGAAUAAUAACUUUGGGGCCAUUGCGUGAGCAUGCGUGCUUCCCUUCUGCACACACAAGUUUACAACAACACAUCCAGCAAGGUAAAAUGGCGUCGGGUGCCAUUUCAACGGAGUCAAAGAAAAUAACAGAUUUACGAGUUAUAGAUCUCAAAUCUGAACUCAAGCGACGGAAUUUAGAUGUCACAGGUGUGAAGAAUGUUCUAAUUGCCAGGCUGAAACAGGCCAUUGAGGAGGAAGGUGGAGAUCCAGAGACCAUUGAAAUUCCACUCCCAGCAGACACGCCUAAUAGAAAAAAUGCAAAAGCUAAAGGAAAGAAAGUGGACUCUGACACUGACAAUCCAAUGGAAGAUGAAUCCUUCUCCAAGGAAGAUGAAUCCUUCUCCAAGGAAGAUGAAUCCUUCUCCAAGGAAGAUGAAUCCUUCUCCAAGGAAGAUGAAUCCUUCUCCAAGGAAGAUGAAUCCUUCUCCAAGGAAGAGGAAUCUGCUACCAAGGAAGAGGCAUCUGCUACCAAGGAAAACAAAUAUUUUUCCAAGGAGGGAGACGAGGAUGACGUUGAAGAAGAUGUAACUGAUACAGAUGAUGGUACUCGUGAAAAUUCUAAACCUCCACCCAGUGAGGACGGCCUCCCAGAAACCGAGGUUGAGGCAGAAGCCGAGGCGGAGGCCGAACAAGUGGAGGAGAUCGAAACUGAAGUUGCCGUCUCCGCUAAAGAAGACGAGGACGAUAACAUAUCCGUCACACUCCAGAAUGAAGAUGCCAUCACGCUGGAUGUUGAUGGUGAUGACCUCCUGGAAACAGGUAAACAUGUGAAACUUCCAGAUUCAGAGGUAGACAAGGGCUGUGACGAACCAGAGGCCUCUGCUGAGACGAGCCCCAAGGAUGCCAUGAAGAUGGAAGUGGAAGGCCAUAAAGAUGGUAAGAAGGAUGACGGGACCAAGGUUGACUCCUCUAAGAAGGAAAGCAGAGAGGCCUCGAAGAAAGCUGAAAUGGGAGACAAAGACAAGGAUUCUGGGAAGAAAGGCCCCUCGUCUACUGGGGCAUCAGGUCAAGGAAAGAGUUCUUCAAAGGACAGAGAUGGAAAGGCCACAAAAGAUGACAAAGGAAGUAUCAGCAGUAGUAGUGCAAGCAGCUCCACUCGAAACAUAUGGGUGAGUGGCCUGUCCUCCAACACCAAAGCAGCUGAUUUGAAAAACCUUUUUGGCAAAUAUGGGAAGGUUUUUAGUGCCAAAGUGGUUACUAAUGCUCGCAGUCCUGGAGCCAAAUGUUAUGGCUUGGUGACAAUGUCUUCCAGUGCAGAGGUGGGAAGGUGCAUCUCCCACCUAGACCGCACAGAACUCCACGGCCAGCAGAUAUCUGUUGAAAGGGUUAAAAGUGAUCCCUUUAAGAAAGAACCUUCGAAGAAGGAAUCCGAUGACAAAACCAGCUCCAGCAAAUCGAGUGACAAACGUAGUGCGUUGACAAACAAGACUAGCACUAGCAAAACCCAGCCAUCCUCCAAAAAAGAGGAGAAGAAGUCCGACAAGCCAUCAGACAAAGACGGCAAGGAUUCAUCCAAGAAGCAGGAGUCUAAAAGCACAACAUCCAGCUCAGGCCCGGAUGCCUCCAAGAAAGAUGAUAAAAAGCAUGGUGGAAGGACAAAGAGCCCUGGCAAGAUGGUGGUGAUUGAUCAUGCCAAAGGAGACCUGAACAAAGUGAGACCACCGUUCAGGAGGGGGAGAUUUGACAAGCCGGGUUUCACCACCAACAACAACAUGAUGCAGCGGAGACCCAGAUAUUUCAUGCCUCCCGAAGAGAUGGAGAUGAAUAGAGUUAGAGUUUUCCCCAACAAGGGAGGCAGCAAAGACAUCCUCCCCUUUGAGAAGAUGAAAGAGCAGAGGUUGCGCGUGCGUAUGGUCCGGCUGGAGCGGGCCCGCAGGGCUGGGGAGCUUCGCAGGCGGCGUGAGAUAGCGGAGCGGGAACGCCGGGAGCGUGAGCGUAUCAGUCUGAUUAGGGAGCGGGAGGAGAGGGAGAACCUGCUCCGGGAACGCCACAGGCUUGAGGUGGAGAGGCAGAAACUGGAGAGGGAGCGCAUGGAGAGGGAAAGGCUGGAGAGAGAAAGGAUCCGCAUAGAGCAGGAGCGGCGUAAAGAGGCGGAGCGUAUGGCUCGUGAGCGGGAGGAGCUGAGGAGGCAGCAGGAGCAGCUCCGCUACGAGCAGGAGAAGAGAAACAACCUGAAGAGAGGCCGCGAUGUGGACCACAGCCGGAGGGAUGAUCCCUACUGGAAUGGAAACAAGAAGAUCCAGCCAGAGUCUGAGGGCCGUGUCAACCAGGGCUCGGACUACAACCGCCAGCAGAACCGCUUUACACAGUUCAGCCCCCGGGAGAGAGGCAGAGGCUUCCCCGAGGCUGCAGCCGUUGAGCCCAACACCAUUGAGAGACGUAACCGCUUCAACAGUGAGCCUGAGGCCAAGAAGUCCCGUCCUGCUGCUCGCAGGGACAGCUCUGGGUUUGAACGCUACCCCAAGAACUUUGAGACUGUCCGCAGGGCCGAGCCUCCUCCAACUCCACGCGCAGACGUCCGUGACACAGACCGCCGAGAGAUCCGAGACAGGGACGAGCGUCGGGCCGCGCCCAUGCCUGAGCGCCCAGCAGGGGGCAGAGCACCCAUGCCUGGCAUGUCUCAUACCGGCCGCUCCCCCAGAGGCACCGGGCACGCUGGUCAUGCUACUCAUACUGGGCAUGCAGGAUGGAAGAAUGACAGCAGCAUGAGUGCACCUAAGGGGGACAUACGUGGAGCUGUGCGUACCGGAGGUAUGCGGCCAGAGCGUUCAGGCAGAGAUGGCCAGGGGCCUGCUCUCAGAGGAGGCUCCUCAGCCAGCCGAGGAAGAUCCAACUUCAGUGGCCGGGAUGGAGGAAGACUCAUGGCAGACCAGCAUUUCAGCUCUGGCCGCCAGGUGGUGGUGGAGCGGCAUGGCCGGGACCAACCGGCCCCCAGGAAGGAGUGGCAUGGUGGGGCUGGAUCCCAGGGAGGGGGCUUCCCAGACAGCCGCAGGAUGGGAGACAGCCGUGGCAGCAUGAUGGCCCCACACUCAAGCCACUCUUCGUCUGCAAUGAACAGAAUCGUGCAGAUCACCAACAGUUCCAUGUCCAGUGUUGGCGGAUUCAAGCCCUUCAAAGGAGCACCCCGACGGUUCUAACUGCCUCUCACCCAGAUCAGCUUAAGCUUAUUUUUCAAAAAUACAUUUUUUUAAGUACAUCUUUUGAGUAUUGUGUUUUAAGAGGCUGGUUUCUAGCCAUAAGGUUGAUAUAGAAAUGUUUUGUUCUGUAUAGGUUACCUCAAUGUAUGGUUUCCUAACAGUUGUGCUGUGACUUAAACAACCCUGUGCACAUAAUGUUUAACUUUAGAAUUGUACAGCUUUAGUUAUUUGUAACAAGUUUGAUGUUGACUGCUCUUCCCCUAACUGAAACUCCAUGUACCGUAUGUAAAAUGUAAGCAGAUCAAUGUAUUCUUUAACCAUCAUUUUUAGUUAUGCCCCUGGUGCUUCUGAAGGUUAUUAAAUUAUACAUCUUGCUCA